UCGAACAAUUAGAACGCGACAAGCGAUCCGCUGAGUUGUACAAACUGGCGCGCUCACAGGGUAACGUUAGGACAAAGAAGACCGCGGCAAUAACACGCGCCAUGAGCACGCGACGUGGACUGGCUCAUAGAAGAAGAGAGAAUGCGCCGCACCGGUUCGAUGCCGCCGGCGCUGACCGAUAAACUGAGUAACACGGACCCCGAGGUGGCGGCCGCGAGGGCGAGACUCCAGCGUGGCUACCUGCAGGAGGAGACAUGCGAGAGACCACCAGUUCCCGCCAGCUCCGCGAUGGCCACGGGCGUCGACACGGGCACCCCUCACGGAAACUUCGCGCAGUCUGCCUCCUUGCUGAGCUAUUGGAGCUUGUACAGGCCCAAGGCGACCGAACGGCGUGGAUCGCUCCACGGGGGCAUGACGGCCUGUCUGGUUUCCGUCGUGGCUUCCAUCCUGAUGCUGGCCGUGGCCACGGUUCUCCUACUCCGCUACCUGCCGCCCAAGAAAGACGACCUGCUCAUCCACGGCCCGUUUGGCACCGUGCUUGGCUCCGUCAUGAGCUGCAGGGGACGCCUGGUGUACGCCUUUCGCGGCGUGCCAUUCGCCCAGCCACCGGUGGGCGACCUACGAUUCCGCGAAGCCGUCGCAGCGAGGGACGCCGGUGCCGAUUCCCUCUACGACGGCACUCGGCCGCCAGCCCCUUGCCUCCAGGGCGAUAAGACAAUCAGGACCCGCGCCGGCGGUGAAAGGGCAAAUGCCGGCUCGGAUCGGGGACGCGAGGACUGCCUCACGCUGAGCAUCUGGAAGCCGCCAGGUGCCUGCGAGGCCGGCCCGCUGGCGGUGCUCUUCGUGGUGCACGGCCACUUCUUCCAGAUGUCGCUCGCCGACAACGAAGGCCGUUGCCUUGCCGCGCUCGGAGACGUCGUGGUCGUGGCGCCGCACUACCGGCUCGGAGCCAUGGGAUUCCUCAACGCGCCGCCCGAAGCGCCGGGCAACGUGGGCCUCUCGGACCUCGUCGUAGCCCUGAACUGGACUAGAACAUACGCGCCUUACUUUUGCGGCGAUGCGGCGAACGUAGUCGCUUUGGGUCACAACGCCGGCGCGUCCGCGGUCGGCUACCUGCUGCACAACCGGGAAGUCUUUAGCGUCAGCAGGGCCAUUCUCAUCAACGAGACACCAUUCACAAGGUACUUUGACAACACCAUCAACGCCAAGGCUAAUCUCGCGACGUUGGCUGAACGGCUAAGCUGCGACUCCAACAGAACGCGUUCGGUUUUGGACUGCAUGCGGAACGCCAGUGCUGCGCAAGUCAUGCAAAGUGGUGCUCUUGGAAGGCCGAUCUUCUUUCCAUCAUACAACCAAACUCUGAUGCGUUUUCCACCCUACGACCGCAAGGAUAUAACUAGCGUAUGUCGCUCAUUCGGUGAACUUCAAUGGAAUGCGUGCAAUUUCAAGAAAAGAACAGCGUUAUCCACGUUUCCAGUGUCUUUGUUCAAUCCGCUUCGGCAUAACUGAAAAGAGGGAUUCUAGAUAUGAUCGUUGCUUAGGGUUGCGCACAAUUUGUAGACUCGUACAAAAAAUAAAUGCUGGCAGCUGCAUAAAACUCAUAUAUAAUGUGUCUGACGUGUGUACGUAUACAAUUCCGUGCAAAUAUCAAGCAAGGCAAAUGAAAGUUCAUAGGAUUAGUCACCGAAAGUAUAUUCUUUACAUAUACUCCAAAAAACUUAUGCGUCGCAAUCCCUUGGUGCAUUACAACAGCAGUCUGCAUUACAAGUGUUUUUUUUUUGCUUGUACACUUAAACAUAUGUUCCUGCAAUAAUCUCCUAAUCAUUCCUGAAAUAAUCAUGAUGUUUCAUGAGAGAUAGUUCGACAGCGAAAAAUAGCAAUUUGAACCUCUUCCGAGAAAUCCGUGGUCUCACCCUGAAAUUUGGCAGGAAUCACCUAGCUGCAGCACGCUGAGGUUGUAUUUCAAUUCAACACAUUUGAAUCAUGUCGCCUGAUGCAUAUAAAGCGCCUUAAGUGAUAUUUCAAGAGUCCUUGCAUAAUUUUGACGCAUUUUGUUCACGCACUUAUGACUGUUUCUUUAGACGUGUGAAGCACGAAAACCUCCAUGCAGUGCCCCAUAUUUUGUCUUCUAACCACAUAGCAACGCAGCGCGAAGAACAAGGAAAGAACCGAACACAGGCGCUGACUACUGAAUAAAAUAUAUUCUCUGAACGCUAACCCCCGUAUUCAGAAAUGCGUCUUAACUUGA